GUUUCUAUCAAUGGUGCAAACUCUCAUCAUUUACUUGGUUCGUCGGUUCUUCACUCCACUAUAACAACUGUCACCAUUUCUUUCAUUUUUUUUACAAACACAAAGCAUCAAAAUCACAUUUUUUUCUCGACUGAAUUUUGCUAAGCAUCAUUGUUUUCACAAUCGACUAAUAAUGGGGCUGAGAUUCGAGUUAUGGGUUGUUUUCUUUUUUGUUACUGGAAUUGUGGGUGUCAUUUUGUGUGAUCCUCAAGGUUUUCUGAGCUUAUCCUGCGGGGGAACUGCAACUUAUGUUAAUACACUAAACAUAACAUGGAUCCCUGAUGAUGAUUAUAUCAAUGUGGGUCAAACAGCCACUACAAAUUAUGCUGACACCACAUCUUCCUCAAUGAACACUUCAGUCCGAAGUUUCCCUGAUGCAAGAGCGCGGAAUUGUUAUAAACUUCCUGUGCAUAAUGCAUCAUCUUCAGUUCUUGUUAGAGCCAAAUUUGUUUACCAGAAUUAUGACAAGCGCAAGAGACCUCCAGCAUUCACUCUUUCCCUCGGUAGAGCUAUCACUGCUACAAUAAACCUCUCCAAGGCUGAUCCUUGGACAGAGGAAUUUAUAUGGACAGUAUCUAAGGAUUAUGUGCCAUUUUGUUUGUUUCACAUACCAAAUGGUGGAGACCCUGUAAUUUCUUCACUUGAACUUCGCCCUCUUCCUCGAGGAGCUUACAACAGUGGUCUGGCUGGGCCUCGGAAGAACUUUCUGAGGAAGUGUUACAGGAUUAAUUGUGGUUAUACCAAUGGGUCUCUUAGGUACCCUUUGGAUCGAUAUGAUCGUGUAUGGGAUGCUGAUGAAGAUUUUUCCCCCUCCCAUUUGUCAGUUCCUCUGUAUACCAAAUUUAGCCUCAAUGCCUCCUUAGCAACUGAGGUGCCGCCUAUGGCUGUUUUGCAAACCGCCAGACUGCUCGAGAGAAAAAAUUUGUUGACAUAUGAUCUGCCCUUAGAUGAGCUUGGAAAUUACUAUAUAGUUCUCUAUUUUGCUGGGAUUGUACCAGUUUCCUCCAGGUUUAACAUAUUGGCUAACAAAGGAAUUGUUCGAUCAAAUUACACUGUAACCAGCAGAAACUCCAGUGUUUUACAUUUCACUGUGGAACAAGUUAGGGGACUGAACAUUACCCUCCAAAACAUCAGCUUCUACCCUCUUAUCAAUGCUAUCGAGGUGUUUCAGAUGGUUGAUUUACCUCCAGAGACUUCUUCAACCACAGUCUCAGCUCUAGAGGUUAUUCAGCAAUACACAGGUUUAGAUUUAGGAUGGGAGGAAGAUCCAUGCUUUCCUAAACCAUGGAAUCAUAUAACAUGUGAUGGAAAUCUUGUCACAUCUAUAGAACUAUCUGGUAUAAACUUGAGGUCAAUCAGUCCUGCCUUUGGUGAUCUGCUAGAUCUCAGAAUACUGGACUUGCAUAACACAUCACUAGCAGGAAAGCUACAAAACUUGAAUGGUCUGCUACACAUCGAGCAACUGAAUCUGAGUUUCAACGAUCUCACUUCCUUUGGGACAGAUCUGGAUAGCCUGGUGAAUCUUCAAGUUUUGGACCUGAAGAAUAACAGCUUACGAGGAACAGUUCCUGACGAGUUGGGAGCUUUAAAGAAUCUUCAUCUACUGAACCUGGAAAACAAUAAAUUGCGAGGGCCUCUUCCGCAGUCUUUGAAGAAAGAGGAUUUGUUUCUCAGGACAUCAGGAAAUUUGUGCCUGUCUUUCUCUAAAAAUGUGUGCAACAGCCCAGGAGAUGCUCCAAUCGAGGCACCUCAAUUUACUGUGGUUCCUGAAAGAAAGCACAGAGGCCAUAUGCAUAUAGCCAUCAUAUUUGGUGCAGUUUUCGGAAGCAUAUGUGUGGUUAUGUUGAUUGGUUUGUUGGUGUUUUUUUAUAUGAGAAAGAAAACACCAACAUUAAGUAACACAGAAAAGGCAGAAGCUGAAAUCAGAAACUGGAAUGCAGCCAGAGUUUUUUCAUACAAGGAAAUAAAAAAGGCAACAAAUAAUUUUAAGGACAUUAUUGGGAAAGGGAGUUUUGGAUCUGUUUACCUUGGGAAGCUUCCUGAUGGAAAGAUGAUAGCUGUGAAAGUUCGGUCUGAUAAUACUCAACUUGGGGCUGAUUCCUUUGUGAACGAGGUUCAUCUACUGUCACAAAUUAGACAUCAGAACUUGGUAUCUUUGGAAGGGCUCUGUCAUGAAUCAAAGCAGCAGAUACUGGUUUACGAAUAUUUACCUGGUGGAUCACUGGCUGACAGCUUAUAUGGUUCAAACAGUAGGAAGUUCACCCUUAACUGGAUUCGCAGGCUUAAAAUUGCCAUUGAUGCUGCUAAAGGUUUGCACUAUCUGCACAAUGGGAGUGAACCAAGAAUAAUACACCGUGAUAUCAAGUGCACUAACAUACUUCUCGAUGCACAGAUGAACGCUAAAGUAUCUGAUUUUGGCCUAUCUAAGCAAGUAACAGAAGCAGAUGCAACCCAUGUAACUACCAUUGUCAAGGGAACUACUGGAUAUCUUGACCCUGAAUACUAUUCAACAUUACAGUUAACUGAAAAAAGUGAUAUCUAUAGCUUUGGAGUUGUUCUUUUGGAGCUUAUUUGUGGCCGGGAACCAUAUAACCGUCGAUCUGGAACUCCAGACACCUUCAACUUGGUUUUAUGGGCCAAACCAUUUUUGCAAGCGGGAAUGUUUGAGGUAGUAGAUGAUAACCUGGUGGGAGACUUUGACAUGGAGAGUAUGAGGAAGGCGGCUACUAUUGCUUCAAGGUGUGUUGAAAGAGAUGCAUCGAUCAGGCCUAAUGCAGCUGAGGUACUACAAGAGCUUAAAGAAUCCUACAGCCUUCAGCUUGCAUUUCUCGCUUCAAAUGGACAAGCUAGCUAAUUAAGUAAUUAAGACCUUCAGUUUUAUGAUGCAACAGUAUGCUUCAUAAUAUGGAGCUUCUCUAUUUUUUAGAGAGAAAUUUAGUAAUUUAUGGUGCUGGUUUGAACAGAUACAUAUUUAUAUCUGGCUGAAGGAUUUUGAAAGAUACUAAGAUAGAAUACUGUUGUAAAAGAAGUAUACCUCGAUUAGGAAAAGAAGAAAGACAGUUUUUUUUUUUUUUUACCACAUUGUCACGAACAAAGAAUACAUUUGUUUUUCGAACAACAAAAAAUACUAUACGAAUUAAUUUGUCUCAUUACAAAUUACUUCUGGUUCUA